AUGGAAUUAUCGACAGCCGCGGCAUCCGCACCCAACAGCACUUCGAACCACCACCAUGAUACCCAUGCUCUCCCUCCUAAUUUCAUCCAAAGAGAGCAUUGGAGAUACCAGACUAUGAGAAAGUCCGAACUGGAGCAGAAUCCUGAAGUGUUUGAUCUAAGAAAGUAUUCGGAAUUCACCAAAGAACAAUUGGAAAAGUGGAGUUGCGCUGGCGUAAUUCCCGCAUCGCAGAUUCAAGCCGCAUGUGAGGCCUACAACGGCGGCCAAAGCCUCCGCGAUGCUGCGAAGGACGCCCGUAUAUUCGAACAUCGAGACUUUCCAGGGUUGCACGUCAUCCCUACACUUCUUCCCCCGGAAACUCAAGUCCUGUUCACAUCAUGUCUGAUGCACCGCGAUCUGUCAAAUCCCGCGCACAAGAUCAACCUUCAAACAGAUUACGAAAUACCUUAUCCCCCCGAUACAGCUGAAACAUUAACUGAGAAUCAUCGAUUUGGGAGGACUUUCUUCACUCGAGAGAGGGCAGCAGCAGAAGACUGCCUGCAACCAAAAACACCCGAACGUCACAGCCCACUCAACAUGGAGCAGUUCCUGUACAGCAAAUUGCGGUGGCUCACACUAGGAGAGCAGUACGACUGGCCAACACGCAGCUACGCCAAGCAUGCCACCCACUUCCCAGAAGACCUCUCGAAACUGGUAACGGGCCUAUUCCCUCAUAUUCGUCCCGAAUCCGGCGUGGUGCUCACCUACUCGGCGAAAGAUUUCAUGCCCGUACAUCGAGAUGUGAGCGAGCAUUGUCAGCGCGCUCUAGCAAGUUUCAGCCUCGGAUGCGACGGGCUAUUCAUUCUAGCGCGAGGGGAGGACGACGGAGUCGGUGAGGAUGCCCCUCGUACGGUCGUUCUCCGAGUUCGUAGUGGCGACUGCGUACACCUGGAUGGAGAAGCUAGAUGGGCGUGGCAUGCUAUGGCGCGUACCAUACCAGGAACGUGUCCUCCGUACCUGGCCCAGUGGCCUGUGGGGACGCCUGGCGCUACACCAGAGGAAGAGAAGGCGUUCAAGAAAUGGAAGGGCUACAUGGGGACGAAGCGGAUCAAUGUUAGUUGUCGUCAGGUUUGGGAUUAG